GGGCAUGUUGUGCAAAUGCAAAAAGAAAAAACAUGUAUAGGCUUAACUAGCUAUAGUGCGGCCUUUUAAGGGCUACUGUUUUUUUUGUUUUUGUUUUUUACGCGAUUCGCUCCGUUCAGCGGACGGUUAGCUCCGUCUGCUAGUUAGCUGGCUAGCUAAUGUUAUUGUUAGCACAUUGGCUACUUUGGCUGCGAGUCCUUGCUGAAAAGGCGUUACACCUCUGCAGCAAAUGGGCAAGUGCUAACUCCUGCGCUCCCAUAUUGCCCAGUGAAACCGCCUCCCUCCCCCAUUUAAAUGCAUGGGCUCAUUGACGAAAUUGUAACGUAAAAACUGGCUGCUAUGUUCUGAUUUACAACAGCUAAUCUGUGUUUUGGGGGGGCAGGGGCAUCGGUGAAAGCUGUAAGUUUCUUUUGCCCUCUUAGUCACCAAAACUCUGUUACUUUCUAAUACAUUUAACCCACAAAGUGUUGAACUCCCCCUCCCCCCCCCCGUUCUCAUUUAAAAGACAUAACUUGGAAUAAGAAAUAAGAAGAUGUUGCUUGUUGUCAGUUAAACAGCAACACGGAGCGUCAAGAUGAAGAAGAAGGCUCGGCAGCACCGGGUUGCGGUGCAGAGGCCGCCGUCUCCUAUCAAGCCCUCGCCCAACAAGCAGAUCUUGACCUAUGCCCAGGCGCAGCGCAUGGUAGAGUUCGAACUCGAUGGCCGCAUCCACCGGCUCAGCAUAUAUGACAAGCUGGACGUGAUCUCGGAUGAUGACCCCAUGGUGCAAGAGAUAAUGGAAUGCACCAGCAAUAAGGAGAAUGCGGAAAAAUCAAAGCAGCAGGUCCUCCUGAGGUCAGUGAGACUGAAAAACAAGGAGAAGAAGAAUGCCGCACUUGCCAUUGCAGGCCAUGUAGAGGGAGGUGGACACCACGCUGGUAGCCACUCUAGCCCAAAACUUCCAGAGCCUAAAUUCCGAACUGUAGAAUAUAAUCUUCCAGCUGUUCCUAAACGCCCAUCUGCCUUUUAUAAAUAUAUAGAUAAGACGGAGGAAGAACUAGAUGAGGAAACAGAGUAUGACAUGGAUGAAGAAGAUUAUGCCUGGCUGGAUUUGGUCAAUGAAAAACGACGAAGCGAAGGGGUUAGUCAAGUGUCUCACAAUGUUUUUGAGUUCCUUAUUGAUCGCUUUGAGAAAGAAUUGUACCUGGAAAGUCUGGACAAAGGGAGCGAAAGGCAAGCUCCUAUCGAUGAUGAUGCUGUCUGCUGCAUCUGCAUGGAUGGAGAGUGUCACAACAGCAACGCGAUCCUGUUUUGUGACAUGUGCAACGUGGCCGUACACCAAGAGUGUUACGGAGUGCCCUACAUUCCCGAGGGUCAGUGGCACUGUAGACACUGCCUUCAGUUGCCGACUCAGCCAGCAGAGUGCAUCCUUUGCCCUAAUAAGGGCGGAGCAGUAAAAAAGACUGAUGAUGACCGCUGGGGCCAUGUAGUCUGUGCCCUCUGGGUCCCAGAGGUGGGCUUCUCCAAUACCACCUUCAUUGAGCCCAUCGACGGCAUCAGCCACAUUCCUCCAGCACGCUGGAAGCUCACGUGCUACCUCUGCAAGGAGAAAGGGGUCGGCGCUUGCAUCCAGUGCCACAAAGCCAACUGUUACACUGCCUUCCAUGUCAGCUGUGCCCAAAAGGCUGGUCUAUUCAUGAAGAUGGAGCCGAUCAAAGAGGUGACAGAAACAGGAGAGCCCACCUUCUCUGUGAAAAAGACGGCCUACUGUGGCGCCCACACACCUAACGGGUGUGUGAGGAGACCUCUUGCCAUGUAUGAUGAAGCCAAACUCAGAAAUGGACUUUGUAAGAUAGGGGACAAGGGCAAAGGGCAGUCCAAAGGAAAACAGAAACGGAAGAGUAAGAGCAAGAAGCCCGAGCCUGAUGUGGAAAGUGAAGCUGUACCGCCUGCUACUGUGCCUACUUUUCCUGCUCACAGGUUACAAACCAUUCUGAAUCAAGUAUCAAUACAGAAGAAGAAAGUCUUUGUAGAGCUGGUCCUCAGUUACUGGAGACUGAAAAGGCAGUCCAGGAAUGGGUUGCCCCUCAUCAGACGCCUUCAGACAAGACUGCAGUCACAGAAGAAUGUGCAACCGGUUUGUUCCUCUAGGCAGAGUGAAGAGGAAAGCAGGGCACUUAAGGAACAGCUGAAGGAAUGGCACCGCCUCCGACAUGACCUAGAGAGAACCAGACUGCUGCUGGAACUAAUUCGCAAGAGGGAGAAGCUCAAGCGGGAAGAGAUUAAACUGCAGGAGACGCUUCUAGAGAUGCAGUUAACACCCUUUAGCAUUUUGCUCAGAGCCCUCUUGGACCAACUCCAGGCAAAAGAUCAGGCCAGGAUCUUCACCCAGCCUGUCGAUGUCACUGAGGUGCCUGAUUAUCUCGACCACAUCAAACACCCGAUGGACUUUUCCACCAUGCGGAAACGCAUCGAUGCCCAAGGCUACAACAACUUUGAUACAUUUGAGGAUGACUUUAACCUCAUUAUUGAAAAUUGUAUGAAAUAUAACUCAAAGGACACCUACUUCUAUCGGGCUGCUGUGCGACUCCGAGACCAGGGUGGGGCCUUGCUCAGAAAGGCCCGUCGAGAUGCAGAGAAAAUCGGCUUUGACACGGAGAGCGGCAUGCAUUUUGCAGAUGCUCCGGAAGUCAAAGCACCACCAUCGUUUUCUUGGGAGGAUGUGGACCGUUUACUAGUACCAGCUAAUCGGGAGCAGCUGCCUCUGGACAAGCAGCUGCAGCAGCUACUUGAGAAGUUUGAUCUCACCUGUGCCAUGAAGUCCAGCCCCUCCCGCAGCAAGCGGCUCAAGUUGCUGAAAAAGACCAUCAAUGAUGUGCGCAACGAAAUGAGCCUGAAGAGAGUUCUACCCUCUCACCACCACUGUUCUUCCUCGUCAUCUCCAACCACUUCAGCAUCGUCUUCAACAGCUCUCUCCCUCCCAGAGCUGGUUACAGCUAAGGAAGAAAGACUGAAGCCCAAUGGGCAUUUCUCCGAGGAUGACGGAGAUAAGUCUCUUCCUCCAAAACUGGAGCCAUCGGAUACCAUUCCUCCCCUCAUCCACUCAGACACAGAUCCCGAACCCCCCACCCUAAAACCAAUAGAUGCCGCCCCUGACUGUGAAGACAAGGUUCAUGGCAAGCGAGCCAAGCUGGAUGGGGAAAUACCAGACCUGCUCUCCUCUCCCGCAUGCCUCAAUGGGCACGCACACAACAGCCUCCAGGACCCUUUGUUAGAAGGUGACGUGAGCGUGGUGGCAACGUCGACCCUCGCAGAGCCCACAGGCGCGGUUAACCGCAGAACCGCCGUUCUCUUCCGCAAGUCGAAGGCAGCCAGCCCGCAGAAGCUACCCAGGAGCGGAGACGAAGAGUCCGACAGGACUGACGGAAAAGAGGGCGAGGAGGAGCAAGAUGAAGAUGACGCACAGCUAGGUUCCAAGUCCUUCCUGUCAGUGGUCAUACCCAGGCUGGAGACUCUGCUUCAUGGCAAGAAGAGGAAGCACAGCGGCAGCAGGGAUGCAGAGGAUGAGGGAGGAGAGGAAGAGCGUGAAGAGUCGGGCGAGUCUCCAGUUAAACGACUCGACACUGGCCUGCCAAGUGGUGCUCUUCAGGUCGAGGAGCAGAAAAAAGUAGAAGAAACCAGCAGAACUAGUAGACCUGUGGAGCCUCGAAGACGCUGCGCCUCUGAGUCAUCCAUAUCCUCAUGUAGCAGUCUGCAGGGAAACACCAGCACCAUUCUCAGUCUUCCAAAAUGUGGGAAGGGAAAACCCGCCUUAGUCCGGAGAAACACUGUGGAUGACAAGAGCGAAUUAAUCGCCUGCAUCGAAACUGGGAAUUUUGCAAAAGCCGCACGAAUCGCUGCUGAGGUUGGCAACAGCAAUAUUUGGAUGCCUGCUAGUGCUGCAACUGUUGCAUUGGAACCCCUAAAGCUAGUUUGGGCCAAAUGUAGUGGAUACCCUUCCUACCCUGCCUUGAUCAUCGACCCCCACAUGCCACGUGUGGGCUGCCAGCACAAUGGGGUCUCCAUCCCCAUGCCUCCCCUGGACGUGCUGCGCAUUGGAGAACAGAUGCAGUACAAAGCAGAAGAGAAACUCUACCUCGUCCUCUUCUUCGACAACAAGCGCAGUUGGCAAUGGCUUCCUAGAUCCAAGAUGGUUCCUCUGGGGAUAGACAAGACCAUAGACAAGAUUAAAAUGAUGGAAGGACGCACAUCCAGCAUCCGUAAGGCUGUCCAGAUCGCCUUCAGCCGCGCCAUGAACCACCUGAGCAUAGUGCAGGACGAGCCAGUCAGCGACCUCAGCGACGUAGACUGACUCUGACUCUCUGCCACACACACAGAUUUGUACCUCUCCUGUACCAAAUAGCUUGUGACUACCCUCACCCUCGCAUCCAUCCUGGACCCCCUCUGUCUCUGCAGGAGACUGAAAUGUUUACUGGGCACCUGCUGUAACAGGUGGUGUCUCUUCCUUAUCCAUUCCUGUCUGUACACACUCCUACCACGUCCCGACGGGAUACGGCUGCUGCUGAAAUGAAUGUGUCGAUCUCUCCUCACCACCUCCAUGCUUAGAGACUGCUAUUUUUGUCAUCCCACCUUGCCACCCUCACUCUAGUCACCCAUGACUGUCGAUUUAUCAUUUCAAGGCAAAAAAAAAAAAGUGUCAGUGAUUAAUUUCAUACGUUUUUGGUAGCCUUUUACCAAAUCAGUCUGUGGUGUCAAGACUCGGAGUAAAACGAAAACUGUCACACUGACUUAAACUUUAAACCGUUAAUUUGGCAUCCAGCCACAGUCGUCCUCACACCAAAAUUGGGCCGCAAAACUUCUCAAGUGGUCGAGAUCGUACAUUUCAUGCUUUCACAGAGGCUUUUCACUGGCAUCAAAUUUGUGGCCAAAGCCUGUGUUGAUGUUAUGGUUAUCUUUACAUUCUCAAGUCAGCUCCAUUUGUAUUGUAAAUGUAAAUACUGUGUACAGUUGGCUGACAUUAACUUAUUUUGUAGGUUUGACAGGAAUCAGUACUGUACAGGUGUUUUCUUAGUAUUUAUACUUGACGCAUUCUUGGCACUAGGGGGAGUGCUGUUUUGCCAGUGCUGUGUGAACAAGAAUUUAAAAAGUAAAACAAACGCAAAAGCCUUUGUAUUAAGGAGAUUAGGGCUAAAUUGUCAUGUUUCUGAAAAGUAUCAACAUAUUCAUUUUUUUAAGUUAUUGAAGUUUCUAUCGUAAGCUUCCAUUUGGCAUUAAAUCAUUUUGUAUUACAAA